ACUCUAGUUGACCCAGGACUGCGACCCUUACCCAUCUCCCCACAGGUUAGUCCAAGUCUAGUAGACCCAGGACUGGGACCCUUACACAUCUCCCCACAGGUUAGUCCAACUCUAGUAGACCCAGGACUGGGACCCUUACCCAUCUCCCCACAGGUUAGUCCAACUCUAGUAGACCCAGGACUGGGACCCUUACCCAUCUCCCCACAGGUUAGUCCAAGUCUAGUAGACCCAGGACUGGGACCCUUACACAUCUCCCCACAGGUUAGUCCAAUUCUAGUAGACCCAGGACUGGGACCCUUACCCAUCUCCCCACAGGUUAGUCCAAGUCUAGUAGACCCAGGACUGGGACCCUUACCCAUCUCCCCACAGGUUAGUCCAAGUCUAGUAGACCCAGGACUGGGACCCUUACACAUCUCCCCACAGGUUAGUUUAACUCUAGUAGACCCAGGACUGGUACCCUUACCCAUCUCCCCACCCUUACCCAUCUCCCCACAGGUUAGUUCAACUCUAGUAGACCCAGGACUGGUACCCCUAACCCCACAGGUUAGUUCAACUCUAGUAGACCCAGGACUGGGACCCCGAACCCCACAGGUUAGUUCAACUCUAGUAGACCCAGGAAUGGGACCCCUAACCCCACAGGUUAGUCCAACUCUAGUAGACCCAGGACUGGGACCCCUAACCCCACAGGUUAGUCCAACUCUAGUAGACCCAGGACUGGGAUCCCAAACCCCACAGGUUAGUCCAACUCUAGUAGACCCAGGAAUGGGACCCUUACCCAUCUCCCCACAGGUUAGUUCAACUCUAGUAGACCCAGGAAUGGGACCCUUACCCAUCUCCCCACAGGUUAGUCCAACUCUAGUAGACCCAGGAAUGGGACCCUUACCCAUCUCCCCACAGGUUAGUCCAACUCUAGUAGACCCAGGAAUGGGACCCUUACCCAUCUCCCCACAGGUUAGUUCAACUCUAGUAGACCCAGGAAUGGGACCCUUACCCAUCUCCCCACAGGUUAGUCCAACUCUAGUAGACCCAGGAAUGGGACCCUUCCCCAUCUCCCCACAGGUUAGUCCAACUCUAGUAGACCCAGGAAUGGGACCCUUACCCAUCUCCCCACAGGUUAGUCCAACUCUAGUAGACCCAGGAAUGGGACCCUUACCCAUCUCCCCACAGGUUAGUUCAACUCUAGUAGACCCAGGAAUGGGACCCUUACCCAUCUCCCCACAGGUUAGUCCAACUCUAGUAGACCCAGGAAUGGGACCCUUACCCAUCUCCCCACAGGUUAGUCCAACUCUGUCUCUGAUUGUCUUGGCAACCUAUGCUGUAUGUAUAAUGAAAUUAGCAUUUCAGAGGAGAACAGUGUCAAAGUCAAAUAGGUAUUCGCAUAAAGCAACUCUGACAGAUGACUGGGAGCGCCCAGCCCAUGAUGAAAGAUUCCAAGGCCUUUUAUGGUAUAGUGGUAUACAUGAUUACUAUCAACAAUGUACAAUAUCUAGAGAGGUUAGUAUAGUGGUAUACAUGAUUACUAUCAACAAUGUACAAUAUCUAGAGAGGUUAGUAUAGUGGUAUACAUGAUUACUAUCAACAAUGUACAAUAUCUAGAGAGGUUAGUAUAGUGGUAUACAUGAUUACUAUCAACAAUGUACAAUAUCUAGAGAGGUUAGUAUAGUGGUAUACAUGAUUGCUAUCAACAAUGUACAAUAUCUAGAGAGGUUAGUAUAGUGGUAUACAUGAUUACUAUCAACAAUGUACAAUAUCUAGAGAAGUUAGUAUAGUGGUAUACAUGAUUACUAUCAACAAUGUACAAUAUCUAGAGAGGUUAGUAUAGUGGUAUACAUGAUUGCUAUCAACAAUGUACAAUAUCUAGAGAGGUUAGUAUAGUGGUAUACAUGAUUACUAUCAACAAUGUACAAUAUCUAGAGAAGUUAGUAUAGUGGUAUACAUGAUUACUAUCAACAAUGUACAAUAUCUAGAGAAGUUAGUAUAGUGGUAUACAUGAUUGCCAUCAACAAUGUACAAUAUCUAGAGAAAAUACUCUCUGUAUUUGAGAGGGAGUACAGAAAGGGGACUGGAUGUUAUGUGAUAGUCUACACAGUUGUCUGUGCUGACAGUGGGUUGCUCAAAGAUGCGCUUUUUUUUCUGAGAGAGGGUACGUUUAGCCACAACCACUAGCCUAGCAGGGGAAAGAGCAGCAGAAUAGUGCACACUCACCAACCGCUGGGCUGUGGAUAGUCUAGGCUACACCUCAGUUACUCAACCUCCUUAUUGAGACAUCAUCUGAGGCACUGCAGUGAGUGGGGAGGAAAACCUGAUCAAAUACAACUGUACAAUGCAACCGUUAAAUCAAAUAUGUAUAGGAGAAUUGGUUUUGGAGGCUAUAGGAGAAAUGGCUUUGGAGGCUAUAGAAGAAUGGCUUUGGAGGCUAUAGGAGAAUGGCUUUGGAGGCUAUAGAAGAAUGGCUUUGGAGGCUAUAGAAGAAUGGCUUUGGAGGCUAUAGGAGAAAUGGCUUUGGAGGCUAUAGGAGAAUGGCUUUGGAGGCUAUAGGAGAAUGGCUUUGGAGGCUAUAGGAGAAAUGGCUUUGGAGGCUAUAGGAGAAUGGCUUAGCAUUUGUGAUAAGAAGUGAAUCCCCACAGAAUGACGUAAAAAAGAAAUCCGUCUCUAAAUUAUUUGGCCUGGACUUUUAAGGGUAUUUUUCAGUUACGACUGUCUGUCCAUUGUGCUUUUGGCAAUUGCUUUUAGAUUAUAUAUUUAGUUGACCUUUCACUACUUCCUCUUUCAGUGAGUAGCCGGCCCAUUUUGUCAUUUUCAAAGUAACACAAUCCAACAGUCUCUCAGGCCAGUCUACUAAGCAACGUUUAUUUAUACAGGAGGUGUGUAGUUGGUCACCAAAUCACAGAGUAAUAAAAGCAAACACAAUACUAAGCCUAACAGAUUCAAGGUCUUGUUUUUUUUUUUUUACUCUGCAUUGUUGGGCACAUAAGCAAGCAUUUCACGGUUAAGUCUACAUCCGUUGUGUUCGGCGCAUGUGACAAAUACAAUUUUAUUUUAAAUAUUUCUAUUUCACUGGGCCUGCCUAGAUAAAGAGGGUUUCCGUACUUUCAUCCAGAAAUUGUGCUCAAAAUGGCUCCUCAAUGUGUUAUAUGUCAUAUAGAUGCUAAAUAAAACAUACAGUACAACCAUCCAUCAAAUGAUCUGUCCAUUUCUU